UAAGCAAUCUUAACCUCGACGGUGUUAAUGCUUCCCUUUAUCGGGGCUUAAUCACCCCGGGAUGGAAAUAAGAAUCUGCGAGAUUAAUCCGCUCGAGUCUGCAGAUGAUACGCUGACAUCAUAAUAAAUACCUAGGGAGGCUCCUCGGCUACCGACCUUCAAUCUUGCCGCUCAUAAAAACCCUGGGCGUAAUCCGGAGUGGGAGUCAGACACCUCAAGGGCAACAGCUUUGCCCACAAUUCUCAAACCUAGCAGGCAACUUCUCAGAACAUAAGUCGUAUCUGAUCAGACAGUCGCAAAGAUGUCAAAGUCUCAAAACCUUCUCAGGACAGAACCCGUACCUGACCAGACAGUACCAACCAUGGAACCGUCUCAAAACGGCCCAAUUAUCAAGCUCCAUUGGCUCAAUGGGUCGCGCGCACAAAGCAUCCUCUGGCUGCUCGAGGAGCUCGAGGUCCCGUAUGAGCUGGAGAUUUACCAUCGGGGCCCGGACAUGCUGGCACCCCCCGAGCUGACCAAAAUUCAUCCUCUGGGCAAGUCUCCGGUCAUCACCAUUGAGACGCCUGGCUCCGGCAAAGCCCCUAUCGUGCUUGCCGAGACGGGAUUCAUCACGCAGUACAUGACUGAGCAUUUUGGCAACGACAAGACGCUCGUCCCUAAGCGCUGGAAGGAGGGCUCAGAGGGCCUAAUUGGUGGUGAGACCGAGGAGUAUAUGAGGUGUCAGCAUUUGCUUCACUACGUCGAGGGUAGCUUUAUGCCCUACAUGUUGAUGAAUCUCGUUCUGAAUGGCAUCAGAGGCCCACGCGUGCCCUUCCUGGUGCGACCCAUCACAAACGCAGUUGCUAACAAGGUUACCGACUUCUUGAUCCUGCCGAACAUGAAGAAACACUUUGCCUUUCUGGAAAAGCAACUCGAGACUUCAGGCGGCGAUUAUCUCUGCGGUCCAAACCUCACCGCCGGCGACGUAGCCCUGUCCUUUGUCAUCCUGGUGAACAAGCCGGCGUAUCCCAAGCUUGGCAACUGGAAGCCCGAGCAGGAGUACCCCCGGGUCUGGGCGUACAUGUCGCGCUUGGAGACAUCACCAGGUUGGCUGAGGAGUAUCGAGAAGAUCAAGAGCAUCGAGGGCUCAUUUGCGCUCUAUCGCGGCGCAAAAGAGUAAUGUAAAACUCGAGGGAUGGGUGACUGGGUCAGGAUAUUAAUAUACAUGUGCUGUUAUGAGUAUAUAAAUCUCACCUUCUUUAAUGAAACUGUACUCCUUUUCUUCUCCCC